AUGGCUAGUUGUCUACUCAAGAACACAACCAUUCUCUCCAUACUUCUGCUACUGUUCUUGAAUACUCCAAAAACCCAGUCUGCUGAUAUAGAAGAUGAAGAUGAUGAUGAAGUGUAUGUUCUUGACUACCCAUUGCAAAAUUCCAUGUCAAGAAGCAGAUUCUUGACUACUGUUAUAAGAAAAGGUAAGCACUGCGACCCAACUUAUAACAACAUAUGUAGUGGAGUUUCUGCCAACAAUGGCACUAGCCUGCUCUACUGCUGCAAGAAACACUGCAGGAAUAUUCUUGGAGAUAAGAAUAAUUGCGGCCAAUGCGGCCGCAAGUGCAAGUUCGGAGAGCACUGCUGCCAUGGAAUAUGUACUAAUGUUGCUUCUAGUGCUGAUCACUGUGGCAAGUGCAAUCGCAAAUGCGCCAGUGGAGUUCCCUGCAACUAUGGUUCAUGUGGGUAUGCUUAACUAUUACAGCACUAUAUAGAACGAAAAAGGAUAAAUAAAUUAAAGUAUGCUAGAGAUUAGUAUGAUUACAUGGCUUGGGGUCUGUAUUUUUGAAAGGGAGAAAAUGGGUGUGUAUGUUAUUGUACUUAAGAAAGAAAAGGUCUCGAGUUUUGUUUAUUUCUUCUGUAUGCAGUAUACAAGAACAAGUUUAUCUGUGAUCACCAAUAAAGUAAAAGAGAAUCCUAUUUUGAAGGUGAUUCUCGGUUAUGUUUUCUUUUGUCCUAAA